AUGCGCCUGAGCUUCGUCAUCCUCGCGGCCAUGGCCAGUCUCCUCGCUAGCUGCGAUGCGGCAUCAACGUCGGAGCAGACCACGCGCUCGACGAUGACCUCCCCUGGCGUGGUCGGCGAUACUCCCAGAUUCCUGAGGAAGCAAGAAGCGCACGAAGAGCGAGGACCUCAAUUGCAGAAGAUUGAUGACCUUCUGGCGAACCCGGCGGCCGCUAAGGCUCAAACGGUGGCCAAACUGAGCAAGAUCGAUUCUGCGAUCUGGAAGGAGAUCAACAGCCUACCGAGCGCCAAAGUAACAAUCGACCUCUGGAAGCAGGCUAAGUCGAACCCGACAGUAACAAUCGACCUCUGGAAGCAGGCUAAGAUGAACCCGACCGUUGUUGCUAACAACCUGAAGAAGUACCCCAGUCUCUCCCGGGAGAGCGACUUGUGGCAGACCUGGAAGCUGUACGCAGUGCAGUACCUGCGCCAGCACCACUCGCUCAACCCCACUGUGUAA